AUGAGGAGAGGGAAAGAUGAAGAGAAAAUUAUGGGGCCUAUGUUUCCAAGGCUUCAUGUAAAUGAUACAGAUAAAGGAGGGCCGAAAGCACCCCCAAGAAACAAGAUGGCCCUUUAUGAGCAACUGAGCAUCCCUACACAGAGAUUCAGUCGUGGAGUUCUGCCUCUAAAUCCCGCUAGUAACACCGCAGCUUCUUCAAUCCCGGGGGGUGGAAAUGAAAGGGGUACAUUUUUCCCACGUCAGCUGCCUGCCAGACAUCAGUCUGAGAAGCUAUAUAGCCAAUAUUCUGAUUUGAGCAAUCCAUUACCACAAGUUGAGCUGGAAAAGAAGUCUGAUGAAGAUGAUUUUACAGUUCCCAUCUCCAUUCAUUCUAGGCCAAGUCAAGACCCUAGUGAAUAUUUUAAUGAUGUUGAAAGGGAAAAACUCACUCCCGCCAAAUGUACUAAUCCCAAUCCCUCAAUGAAAUUUUUAAAAGCUAAUCAUAAGAGCGUGAUUGGACACUGUAUAAGACAAGAAAGCAAAUGGCAGAAGGAAGAGAAUUUGAAAGAGUUUGUGGCUUGCCAAGACCCAUCAGUUGAAGCCACCUCAAAUUCUUCAUCAACAAAUAAGACCGGAGGUAUGCAGAAGCAAAGAGAUGAUCCUGGUAAUAGUAUUGACAAAGUGAAGAAUUGCAGAUUACAGUCGGAGCUCAGUGCCAAGUCGCAACCUGCUGCUUCUGUGCACAGUAAUGUUGUUUUGAAGAAGCAUGGUACGGACAUAGAGCAAGGAAAUUCUUCUAUAUCAAUAAAGGAUUUUUCUUCAGAAGAUGAGAACAUUGUUUAUGAUGUCAGUAAUGAUGCAGAGACCCCUGAGGGUGACAGUGUGUCUGAGACUUCAAUGGUCGAUUCUAUCUCUGCAUACGAUUUUUCACCUGAUGACGUAGUAGGAGUAAUAGGUCAGAAACAUUUCUGGAAAGCCAGGAGGGCUAUUGUUAAUCAACAAAAAGUUUUUGCAGUUCAAGUAUUUGAGUUGCAUAGAUUGGUAAAGGUUCAGAGAUCAAUUGCUGGUUCUCCUCACCUUUUGCUUAAGGAUGCUGCUUAUUUGGGUAAACCUGUAAAGGCUUCUCCAGCAAAGAAACUCCCACUGGAUUAUAAUAAAGUGCCUCUAAAUGUUUCCAAGCGAAAAAUGGACUCUGAUAAGCCCAGCCAUCCAACGGAAUGCUCUGCUGAAAAUACUGUGGAGAAGGCAUCGGUUUCUUCUGUGCAAUAUAGUUUACCUCCAGUUUCAGGAAACCCUCCUGCACCAUCAGUAAGUGGUGCCAAUAAUUUUGGGCCAUGGUGUUUUAAUCAACCGAACGGACAGCAGUGGCUGAUUCCCAUGAUGACUUCUUCUGAAGGACUCAUAUACAAACCAUAUCCGGGACCAGGAUUUAUGGGCUCUGUCUGUGGAGGUUAUGGGCCCCACGGAUCUACUCCAGAAUACGGGUUUCCAGCUCUGCAUCAUCAGUAUCAACUACCUUCGUACCUGCCAGCUGGACGUCAUGGAUACUUCUCUCCAUAUGGCAUGCCAAUUGUGAAUCCAGCCUUUUCAGGUUCAUCUGUUGAGCAAGUAAACCAUGUUUCCACACACAACCAAUCAUCAGCUAAGGAAGCUAAUCCCAGUCCGCGACAUAAGCACUCAGUCAAUAUGCCGAGCCAGAAGAGCAGCGUUUUUCCAGAUGUUUCUUCAUUGAGUGCAUCCAAGGGUAGUGAAUUCACAGCAAGUAAUCCAAGUGAAAAUGGGAUGCGUAAUGCUAUGGAAGGAAGAAACGUGCUUCAGCUUUUCCCUACGUCUCCAAGUCUCGACAUCCCUGACUGUAGCCCUCAGCCUCUCGAACGCGAACGCCCUGCACGAGUGAUAAAGGUUGUGCCUCACAAUGCCAUAUCUGCAACGGAAUCUGCUGCUCGAAUUUUUAUGUCUAUACAAGAAGAGAGGAAACAGUAUGAUUCAGUGUAG